CAGGCAAGAAUCGCAUGCAGAUGGAAUGUAUUAGGUCGUGUUCUACCUGCUUUCAGCGUUUGGAAGUGCCACAAUGAGUACAAUCUAAUAAAAAAUAAUAGCCUAUAUUCUUCCUUCCUUGAAAGCAUAAAAAUGCAGGGAAAUGCAGUAAAAGACUCUUUUGUAAUUGCCCUAAGACACUUAAAACUACAUUUUUACAGGUUGCUAUGGGUAACUUGUAUACAUUUAUUGAAUAUCUCAGACUUUUCUCCCCCCUUUUUAGUGCCAUUUUAUUAAGUUCCAAAUGUGUGGAUAGCUGAUUAGAAAUGUAAUGGUUUUUUUUUUGUUAUAUAAAUAUCUUCAAAUGAUGCUGGUUUAGCACUUACAUUUUCGCUUAGUUUAGCAGUUGCUCUGAACAGAGGUACUACUUACCUAGGCUAAUGUAAUUAACUUAAUUAGUGUUUUCUGGCAAUAUUUUAUUCUGUGCCUCCUAUAUAUGUGUUGGUACAUUUCUUUCCCAUAUACUUAGCUUGUGCUCUAUCAAAUUUGACAAAUGCUGGAAUAUGUGGUUAAACAAGUAAGCAUUCUGAAGGAAUGGCUAAAGAAUACAUGCCAACUGUUGAAGAUGGUUAUUUUAAACACAGAUUUUGGGCCUUUCACAUACAGUCAUGAAAUUUCCUCUGUUGCAUUUGUUAAUUCUUUACAAGAUGAACAUCAGAAGAGGAUGGACUUUUGGAAAGAAAUGGCUGAAUUUGACUUCCAGUGUAGCCUGCUGUUUGAGAAAUUGUCCUGUUUUCAUGAACAAUUUACUGGGGCCAAAGUACCAGAGCAUACUAAAUUCAUUUUAUUCUCUAUAAAGCUGAGCUUUGCCAUUGAUGGUAAUCUUAUGAAGUGUGAAGAACUCUUGCAAAAAUUGCAGAAGAUGAAAGCCUUUGGAUAUCAAGCUGUGCCUGGAACACCAAUAUUCAGGAAUGUCUUUUUUGAUAUUCUCUGUUACAGACAGGAAUUAAUGAAUGCAGCUCAGAAAAUGGAGUUUCUCUGGAAAGAGAUUUAUGAACAAGAAGAGGUUUUGUUAAAAACAGAAAAAUGCAUACAAUCAGGAUAUCAGGAUUUCAGCUCCAAGAACGGCACGUUGCGUGAAAGAUGUCAUCAAAAGUGCAGUGAAAGUUUAUCAUGCCACAAUCCCAAUUUUCAACAUAAGCAACCGAAAACUGCAGAGCAUGCAUAUUCCCAGAAAACAUAUUCUCCUUACAAUGUAGUUACAAAUACAACAAAUAAAACUGUGCUCAGUGAAUCUGUAAGCUCAAGAUUCUACCUUGAUAAAUAUUUAGAACCUAUAAAAGUAGAAUCUUACAGUAUGGAGGAUUUAAACCACAAGAAUCUCCUAAAUCCUUUGUUACGGCUGCCAUUGGCUGAUUUUACCACGUCAAGUAGAACUAGAGGAGAGAAAUUGUCAUUGCAACCAUUAACUAAAGUCAAUAAGUUGCUGAAAGAUGUCUCUAUUCAAACUCAAGAUAAAGAAGAGGGAGAAAUAGGACUAUCAACCAGUAGUCCUUCAAACUCAAAGGAAAUGCAAGACAAGUAUUCUGAACUCUCUAAAGAAUGUGGUGUGCAAACUGAACUGUCCUUUGGAAGGGCAUCUCCAUUAGAAUUAAGUGACUCUCUCCUUACCAGUUUUAGUGAACAAACUGAUCCUGACACCAAGUCAAGUGUUUUUUGGGAUAGUUAUGACCUUCAUCUUUCCAGAAGAAUGUUUGAUAAUUCUGUAAAUUGGCAACAAGACUGGGAUGUUAAGGAACAUAAUGAACUCCAAGGUAUUGAGAAUCUGUUGAAAUAUACUGAAGCCAUACUUAAGGAGGAGGACAUGGCUCUCCGAGAAGAGCAGACAUUGGAAAGCCUUCUACGAGAAGCACAGCUUCCUAUGUAUUUCAUUUUUAAUGGUGAUGUAAAUAAAGGAAACUAUCAGCAGAACCAGGACAUACAGAAGAAUAUGGAGAGUAAUGCAGUAACUAGACUAAACCGGUUAUCGUCUACACCAAAUGUGAAUAUUACCCAUCAAUGCACAAGUUUGCAUUCACUUAUUCAACAAAAUAACUACCUUCCCGAUGAUUCUGUAAUAAAUCUACAACACUGUGAUCUGGAUAUGGUUGAAGAGCUGAAAGAACUGCAUCUAACUGAAGAACGCAUUUCUGUAGAAAGUAAAAAUAUAAAAGAAUGUUGUGAACUGGGAAGUCAUGAAGCUUUUAAAAAGGAUUGUCCAUUUAAUAUAAGCAAUAAAAGGCUCUCGUUCCUGGCUCUGCUUCGAAGACAAAGAAACCAGGUUGAGGGUGGAAGAAAGCCAUGCUUACAGAUGGGAAAGACCACAAUGAACAAAAUACUGUAACCAUGUAAUGUAAGAUUCUAGAUUACCAGAGUAUACCUGUAUGUGCCAAUCUUUCAAUGUCUACUCUACUAAAGGAAGAAUUAAUGCCCCUGUGAUCAUUUGGAAAUUAAAAUGAAAAGGUAAAAUCUUGUGUUUGGUUCUGCACAUGUAUUGCUCAUUGUUGGUGUGCAAUGUGUUUACCAUAUGACAAAUCUGUGUAUGCAUUCUGUGUACUGUAUUUAGUCUGCUUAUCUGCAUUCUGUAAUCUGUUUUUGAUGUGCCGCUCUUAAAUUCUCACUCGCAUUUUUCAUGGCCAAAAUGUUUUCCAUAAACUUCUUAAUUUAUCUAUCUGGUAUUUACCUUUCUAUUAUUGUUGUCAAAUGAAAUAUUUGACCCAAAAAGUGUGAACCAUACGGUUUGCACUGACUGAAAUUAUUUUUUUUUUAUGUUGUGUGAUAAUAAUCACUGUUUUUGUGUAAAUCACUUUUUUAAAUCACUAAAUCUGCCCAUUUAAGUAUAAGCACAAACACAUAUAUAUUUAAAUCUAGUAUUAUAAGGUUUCACACAUGCAACAUUGUCACUUAGCUUGAGAUAAUUUGGUAGUCGUGAUUGGCUGUUUAGCAAUUUUUUACUUUUGUAUGAAUUUUCAUUGCUAAAAGGUUUUACAAACAAUAGAGCACUUUACACAACUUUUUAUGACACAAUGCAUACUCAAUAAAUUCAAAUAAUUGUAUAAAGA